CUAUUAAUGAGCAAAUUUUUUGGAACCAAAAUGGAAUUAAGUCACGAGUGACGAGACGAUGGAGCAAUAUCGCAAUCGAUAAAAUUGGCGUGGCGCAAGGGUUAAUAAUUAGUUAUCCUGCUGUUUAUCGGCAUCUCAAUCGCUUUUGCAGCCUCUAACUGCAAUCCAACUCAAUUAGCAGACGAUAUUGUUUCGAUCAACUGUGGCGCAGGCGGCAAUUCCACCGCUGUUGAUGGCACAAAAUGGCGCGGAGAUGUUCAACCAAACUCAUCUCCCUUGAUGCAGAUAAAUGGAUCAUCAAUUGCCUCAAAUUUGAUGGAUGCGUUGAACAACUCUGUGGACGAUCCAGUUCACCAUGGAACAGCACGCCUCUCCCGUUCCCAAUUCUCCUACUCAUUUCGAGUGAGUCGAGGUCAGAAAAUCCUCCGCUUGCACUUUUAUCCAGCUUCAUACGAAGGAUUCGAAGGUUUUCAUGACUUGUUUGUGGUUGAAUCUGGCCAUUUUAUCCUGCUUAGCAACUUUAGUGCUUCUAUAAACUCGAUUGCCCUAGGUGUGAGAUCAAUUGUCAAGGAAUACUAUUUAAACAUAGGAGAAAACGAGCAGCUUAAUCUGGUUUUCACUAGCCUGUCGUCAAGCAUGUAUGCUUUUGUGAAUGGCAUUGAGAUCAUCUCAAUGCCUCCCAGGGUUUCCUACUUUGACGGAGAUCCUGGAGUAGUCCGAGUGGUGGGGAAGUCUCGGGUCUAUGUUGAUAGCAGCACUGCGCUUGAGAUGGUCUACAGACGAAACACUUUGCAGCGGCCUGUCUUGUUAGAUGGCGAUAUCCGUGAUCUGUUCGGGAUGUGGGGAGGGGAGGGAAGCAAGGCCAAGAGACAGAGUUACACCUGGAGGAUAUCUGUGGAUGUCGGUUUCAGCUACUUGGUCAGGCUUUAUUUCUCCCCUGCAUUUGAGGUUUCGGAAUCUGGUGAUUUUGUGUUUGAGGUCAGUAUUAAUAAUAGGGUUGUGGAUAGCUACACUGACAGGUGGAAUGAGAAGAAUGGCAUGGUGUUGUACAGAGACUACGUGGUGGUUAUAAAAGGGCGAGAACAUCAGGGAAAGCGUGAUCUCCUGAUUUGUGUCAGCGCAGAUGGCAAGGUCGUGGAUGGACAGGAACUGCUAAAAGAAUUUGAAAUAUUGAAGAUGAGUAACUUUGAUAACAGUCUUGCUAGUCCAAAUCCUUUGUCAUAUCCAGCUAUCGAAGAUUCAAUCCAAGUUCUUGGUGCUAGAACUGUGAUUCCAAGUGAUUCUAUAGCAUUACUUGCUCUUGGAUGCUUCGUUUUUUAUGUAACACGAAGAAUUCGAGUAAGUAGUGACACCAUAAAGGUGGGAAUCAUGCCCUCGGCCAGGGCUCAAGGGCUUUGCCGUAGGUUUACAUUAGCUGAGAUUAGGCAAGCUACCAAAGGUUUUAGUGGUGAAAAUCUGAUUGGAAAGGCCGGGUUUGGUAAAGUCUACAAGGGUCUCAUUGACAAAGAGAGAAAGGCUGUUGCUGUAAAGCAGCUAAAACCAAAUGCCAGACAAGGGUCGCGCGAGUUUCUGAAUGAGAUUGAAGUGCUAACUAGGCUCCGGCAUGAUAAUCUGGUGUCUUUGGUUGGCUACUGCAAUGACAACGGGGAAAUGAUUAUAGUCUAUGAGUUAUUGGGCUGUGGAUCAGUAGCCAAACACCUUUACAAACGCUCGAGCAACAAUGCUGACUCCUUUGCAUCUAGUCGAGCAUCUCUAACUUGGAAGAGACGCCUUGACAUAUGCAUUGGAGCUGGUCGAGGUCUGGACUACCUUCACAAACACUCCCUCAUACAUCGUGAUGUAAAUGCUUCAAAUAUCCUUCUUGACGGAAACUUCAAAGCCAAGGUCUCAGAUCUUGGCUUGGUCAAGCAUUUAAGCAGAAGUAAGUUACAGAGCCGUGUUAAGACGAAAGUGAAGGGCACGCAUCAGUAUACAGACCCAUCUUAUGCAACAACAGGUGUCUUAACUCAGAAAAGUGAUGUAUACUCCUUUGGGGUGUUUCUGUUGGAAGUAUUGAGUGGAAGAGCAGCAGUGGAUCCAAGUCUUGGAGACAAUGAGUGUAACCUGGUCCCAUGGUUUAGAGAAAACAUUAGUGAAGGACAUCUUGAUAGGUUGGUGGCUUCAGAUCUAUUGCAUGAAAUACCAGAUGAUAGCUUAAAGAUAUUUUUGGGGAUUGCUGAAAGAUGCUUGGAUGGUGAGCCAGUGAGACGGCCAGCGAUGGCUCAAGUGGUGCAGCAACUUGAGUGGCAGCAGGAGACCCCAGGAUGUCCUGUGCCAUAUUGGUUGCAACUUGAGUUUUGGCAGCAGGAGACCUCAGAUGAUGAAACUGGGUCAACGUUCGUUUAAUCACGCUCAUGCCAUCCUUGCAGAUGGAGCUCUCCAGCCCUUUCUGCAUUUAACUCGAGGAGAAUUGCCAUUCUCAUGCAGUCAUAUAUACUCAUCAAUCUUUAAGGAUCUAUGUUAACAGAAAAUAGAUUAAAAAUCUUCAUAUCGUAGAAGUAGCUGUCUGCUAAGUACUUCAUGUCUUUUCUUUUAGCAAAUUAAAUUCGUGGAAUGGUAUCUCAUUUUUUGAAAAAAUGUAUUUUAUGUGCAAAGUGGGAAAACUCAGAAAACUUCACAUAGUUUGUACUUUGUGCUUUCCAGCAAAUUAUUUGUGAGUCAGAGCAUCCACAAUAGUCGGCGAGCGACCGGCUAGCCGAUUUCCGGCGCUAGCCUGUCCGCUCGCCGAACCAUUGCAAUCGGCGAGCGUGUACUCGGCUAGAGAAACGACGAGCGCUCGCCGA